AUGACUUGGGAAGAGGCAGUUUCAGACAAGCGGAAGAGGCAGCUGGCUUCGAUUCCCCAGGAGUGGACUUUGACCGGUCUACCGUUGAAGGAUAAUAUCGACGUUACUGCAUUUCCAGACUCUUGUGGUCUACUGUCCUCGAAUGAACUCGAAAUCACUAAAUCAGAAGUCGAUGUUCUUCUGUCCAAGCUUGCGAAUGGCGAAUGGUCAUCUGUUGAAGUUACUACAGCGUUCUACAAGCGUGCUAUUAUCGCGCACCAGCUGACCAACUGCCUUACGGAAAUAUUUGUCGAAGAAGCACUUGCUAAAGCUGCUGAGCGUGAUUCCUACCUCGAGCAAACAGGCAAGGUGCUAGGACCGCUUCACGGCCUGCCUGUGUCCUUGAAGGAUCAAGUCAAUAUCAAGGGGAUCGAGUCCACGAUGGGUUAUGUAUCCUGGAUUGGGACUUUUGCAGAGCGUAAUGCCGUCCUUGUAGACGUCCUGGACUCUUUAGGCGCUGUUCCUUUCGUUAAGACAAACGUUCCUCAGACCUUGAUGUGGGGGGAAACUUUCAAUAACGUCUUCGGACGUACCUGUAACCCUUAUAACAGAUCUCUCACAAGCGGGGGCUCUUCUGGUGGAGAAGGUGCAUUAAUCUCACUCAGAGGAAGCCCUCUAGGUAUUGGUUCCGAUAUCGGAGGGUCCAUCCGGAUUCCGUCGUCCUUUUGUGGUAUCUAUGGGUUGCGGCCUUCUCAUGGCCGGGUACCUUAUGCGGGCUGUGUGAACUCGAUGGAGGGACAGGACUCUAUUAUGUCCGUUCUGGGCCCAAUGUCUAAUAGCCUAAGCGGCCUCAAGCAUUUCAUGAAAGCCGUAAUAGACGCGAGGACUUGGUACAGAGAUGCUCUCGUCAUUCCUAAAGCAUGGAUUGAAGAAGAGUAUAAACUUGUCAAUCACGGGAACGGGAAAUCGUUGUGCUUCGGUAUUCUAUGGGACGACGGAUCUGUAGUACCGAAUCCUCCCAUAAUUCGCGGACUGGAGAUGACAAAGAAGGCAUUGUUGGCUGCAGGUCAUAAAGUUGUCGAUUGGGAGCCCUUCAAACAUGAUGCUCUUUCGUGGACUUCCUACGAAAUCUGGGGGGCAGGUUGCGACGAAGACUAUCGUGUAGUCGCUCAGAUUUCCGGGGAACCUAUAAUCUCCACUAUGAAUCCCAAUGGCAAUUCGGAACAUGGAAAGUCUAAACAUGACGGGGGUAUAUCGGCAUACCAGCUGUGGCAGGUCCAAAAACAAAAGAGGAACUUGCGGCAGGAGUAUCUGGAGCACUGGCAAGCAACUGAGAAGAUUACGGGCACCGGCAGGCCCGUCGAUGCAAUCAUUGCACCUGUAGCACCAUAUGCUGCACCUCCACAUGGUCUCAACCGAAUAACGGAUUACACAAGAAUUUGGAAUGUGCUUGAUUACACCGCUCUAGUUAUUCCAGUGUCCAAAGUCGAUAGCUGCCUCGACGCGAAGAAACCUCCUCAUAAGUUCUAUAGCGACAGAGACAGAGAGAAUUAUGAUCGAUACGAUCCGGAAACCUUCAGGAAUGCACCUAUCGCAGUGCAAAUUGUGGGGCGAACACUUGAAGAAGAAGCUGUCAUUGGCAUGGCAGAAAUUGUCGACGCCGCCCUAAGAGCAACAAAGUUGCAGAUGGGAUCUUUUUUGUAA